AUGAGCACAGAGCGAAAGGUUUCUGCCCAACAGCAAAGCUUUCGAGAUUUAUCGGAGUUUCGCAUGUUUUUAGGAGGUACAAAGACAAUUGAACGACUUCUUAUCGCAAAUAAUGGUCUGGCUGCUGUGAAAGGUAUUGAUUCCAUCCGUUCCUGGCUCUAUGAACAUAUUGGUGACCCAGGUGCCAUAGAAUUCGCUGUAAUGGCAACACCAGAGGAUCUACGCGCCAAUGCAGAAUUUAUUUCUCUUGCAGACCGCAAUGUUCCAGUUCCCGGUGGACCUAAUUCAAAUAACUACGCCAAUGUUGAUCUUAUUAUGCACACGGCACUGCAGAACGCAUGUGAUGCCAUUUAUCCUGGUUGGGGUCACGCCUCUGAAAAUCCUGCAUUACCACGUGAAUGUGCAAAAACCAAUAAUAAAGUAACUUUUCUUGGUCCUUCUGAAGAUGCAAUGUUCGCUUUGGGUGAUAAAAUAGCUUCUACUAUUGUAGCCCAAUCUAAUGGGGUACCAACUGUGCCUUGGAGUGGUGAUGAAAUUCGACUUCCACCUUGUGUAUAUGAGGUGGACCCACAAGUUUAUGAAAGAGCAUAUGUAACAACUCCAGAAGAAUGUGCGGAGGUGUGUGCACGGAUUGGAUUCCCUGUAAUGAUUAAAGCAUCAGAGGGAGGUGGAGGUAAAGGUAUUCGACGCUGUCUGCGUAUGGAAGAUGUUCGUGACUUAUUUUUCGCUGUUGCAGAAGAAGUAAAAGGAUGUCAUAUAUUUGUUAUGCGAUUAUUAGAAAAUGUACGUCAUCUUGAAGUGCAGUUACUGGCUGAUGACUAUGGUGAUUGUAUUGCGGUGCAUACACGUGAUUGCUCCGUACAACGACGGCAUCAGAAGAUAAUUGAAGAGGGUCCUGUCUUUGGUGUUGAUCCUGCGAUUAUUGCCGAUAUGGAGGCCUCUGCCAUUCGCCUUGCCCGUGCUGUUGGUUAUCGCGGUCUUGGCACCGUGGAGUAUAUGUACGACAAGACGACCCACAGUUACUACUUCCUUGAGCUGAACCCCCGCAUUCAGGUGGAGCAUCCCGUCUCGGAGAUGAUCUCCGGCGUGAACCUGCCGGCCGCGCUGCUCUGCGUGGGAAUGGGCGUCCCGCUCUACCGCGUGCCGGAGGUGCGGAGUUUCUUCGGCGAGCGGCCGUACGAGACGACGCCGAUUGACUUUGCGCAGCGGCGGGGACUGCCGGCGAAGGGACACACCAUCGCCGUGCGGGUGACGGCGGAGGACACAAAUGAGGGAUUCCGCCCCACAUCCGGCCGUGUGGAGGAAAUAACGUUCAAGAAUAGCAAGGAGUGCUGGGGGUACUUCUCAGUUGGACCAGGGGGCGAGAUUCACCAGUUCGCGGAUUCACAGUUUGGACAUAUAUUCUCCUCCGGUGAGACACGCGAGGAUGCACGACGGGGGAUGGUAAUGGCAUUGCGAAAUCUUGUCAUUCGGGGUGAAAUACACACAUCAGUCUCUUAUGUCGUGGAAUUACUGGAGCGGGAAGAAUUUCGUAACUGUGAUAUUAGUACCGCUUGGCUUGAUCGCCUUAUCGCGGAACGUGCAUUGCAAGGACCUGUACAACAAGAUGUUCAUCUUGCCCUCAUCGCUGCUUCUACUUUUCGUAUGCUAAGAAAUCAUGAAGAAAAUAUCGCUAAAUAUACUGCCUUUCUCAGUGCAGGACACGUUCCUUCCUCUGAAUAUCUUAAUAACUGUCAAACGGAAUCAUAUAUAAAUCGUUCGAGAAAAUAUAUUGUCACGAUGGGACUCAAAAGUCCUACAGAAGUUGCACUAUCUCUUAAUGGUAGUAUUGUAACAGUUCCAUUUAGAAAACUUAAAUCUGGUGCACUUCAGCUUACAAUUGCUGGAAAAACAGUUAUUGCUUAUGCAGAGAAGGAACCUACAAGUCUACGUAUUUCUAUUGGAGGUAAAGAAACCACAUUUACAGGUGAUAUUGAUCCAACUAAAGUAUCCUCCUCCGUUCCUGGUAGAUUUGUACGCUACGUUGUUGGUGAUGGUGGUCACGUUUCAGAAGGUACAACAAUUGCGGAAGUGGAAGUCAUGAAAAUGAUUUUACCACUACGCGCAACAACAGCUGGUGUACUACAUCAUCGUGUGGUACCUGGUAGUACCAUCGCGGUAGGAACACUCAUUGGUGAUAUCACCCCAGAUGACCCGAGUAAAGUAGCACGUCCACAAGAAGCACAAGAACAAUGGCCGCAAAGUGUCCUUACAGAUAAAGAAAAGAAAAAGGAACGUCCUGAUGGUCUCACACGCGCACGACGUGGUGUUGAGGCUCUAUGGAAUAUGUUACAUGGAUACCAUUUCCCUGCCAGUCUUUUAGAUAAACGACUUCAAUCAGCCUUUGACAACCUUUCUUCACUUUGCCUUUCCAAUGUUUCCCUCGCCGCAUUGAAUUUACCUUAUCUCUCUUCCAUAGUGGAAACAAGUGGAGAUACACCAAAUGAGAAACUCAAGGCUGUUGUAAAUUUCCUUGUUUCCGAGUAUCUUACAGUUGAAAAACCGUUUGUGCGUUGUUCUCGACAAGAAGCUAUUCAAAUUCUGCGUGAGAAAAUGGAUGAUCCUAAGGCAGUUUAUGCAGUUGACUUUGCACACCAUCAGCCAUGUCAUCACGGGGUUAUUAAAGCACUUCUAGCCUCACUAGAGAGUAAUAUGAUUUUAAUAAAGUCUCUACAAGACACACUAACGUCCAUUUUAAAUGUAAAUUCUAGUACAAAUGGUGACCUUGCACUUCAAGCUCGUUAUUUACUCAGACAAUGCAGUCUUCCUUCAUUUUCAGAACGUAAAGCCGCUUUCGCAAAGGAGUUGGAGUCAGGAUCUAUUAAAGAUCUUAUACAAGGUAGCUACGGUACUGAUCUUAUGUGUUCCAUUAUCUUUGAUCGUCAUGUCCCACACCUUGUUCAACUAUGUCUUGAGUUAUACAUUCAACGAGAUCAUUUUGGUGAAAGUCAAGUUCGGAUUCUUGAUAUUUUUCCACAGGAUGGUUGUUGGUAUGGUUUCUAUGAAUAUGAACCAUUAGAAGAUCAUGACCCACUUCGGGUAGAGAACAUUUCUUUCGAUACAGCUUUCAUAGAUGACGCGAGGGAACGUACAGGGAUUGGUUUUUGUAUGAUGUUCCCUGACGAACAAGUUAUGCGUUCUACCUGGACCACCGCGUUGAACAGUGUUAUGCAUCAAUCCCCACGUGAGCCCUUUGUCUGCACAGUUUUCUUUUCCGUCAGUUUUCAAUCAACAGAAUCUGAGGCAGCACGAUUAUGUCAACAGUUACUUGAAGAACAUACAGAGUCAUUAGCGCAACAUAAAAGUCUUCUCCGUAUUACUUUUAUUGUUCACGGUGUUUCUGGUGGUCCUCAUACUUUUACUUAUCGACAAUCUGCUGCAUGGCGAGAAGAUACAUUAAUUCGAAAUAUUGCACCACUUUCUGCACGUCGUUUGGAGCUACAAAGACUUGUGAACUACGAUGUAUCCAUGUAUCCAACACCGUUUAAGGAUGUACACGUAUUUCGUGCAACUCCUAAGAAAAAGAAUGCCUCAUUUCUUGAGAGUCGGACUUUUGCACGUGUAUUCGUAAGUCCACGUGAUUUGGGUGUUGAUCCAUGGACAGAAGCGAAUGAAAUUGAUGCUGGUCAUAUGCUUUCAAAAUGUCUUGGUGCACUUGAAUUCGCUCGUAAUGACAAUACACUUAAUUAUACUAUGUAUAAUCAUGUCUUUAUCAAGAUGGCAGAGUUGACUUUUGAUGUAUGUGGAAUGAAAAGACUACUUGAACAUGUGGGUAAGUCGUAUGCACAGCGACUAAGUUAUUUGGGGGUCGCAGAAGUGGAACUUUCUUUCCACGUAAAAGUUAGCAGUGGUUAUAUUCCUUUUCGUGUUAUUAUUUCAUCACCAUCAGGUUAUGGUGUGGUAAUGCGUACCUGUUAUGAGUGGUUUGAGAAUGGCAAGAUAUUUUUACGUCGCGCAGAAAACUCUGAAGAUGUUUCCCUCACAGUAGCGCACAUGUCCUGUGAUAAUAUCAGUGAGGCGGUUGCAGAAUCUAGCCAAAGUGAUAUUUCUUGUACUACUGCUAAUAAUAAUACUAAUAACGGUGGUACAAUGAAUUUUACCAAUAAUAUUAUGCGCACGGUAUCAAAGUUAGUGGCAUUACGAAGUCUACUCCCAUCUCGUGCCUCACUACAGGAAUCCACAAUGGAAACAAGUGAUGAGGUUUAUGAUAGCGUUCAACUGGGUCCAUAUCCACUAUUAAGUGAAAAACAGGUGAAACGUCUGCAGGCAAAAACUCUUCACACUGUAUAUGUGCACGAUUGGCCUAUUUUACUUGAUACAGUGUUACGAAAAGAGUGGGAACGUCAUGCACGAGCGCGCCACAUUCCACGUGAUCGUAUUCCAUCAAAAGUAGUAAUGGCAACAGAACUCUUCCUUGACGCAGCAGAUGGUAAAAGUCUCCGAGAGGAAAAACAACCAGGUCACGUUCCUUGUGGAAUGGUGGUUUGGAUUGUAACCCUCCUACCUCCGAGUUAUUACAAUGGUAAGGAAGAAAAAGUAGGGAGUCGCCGUAUUGUGAUGGUUUCUAAUGACAUAACAUUCCAGUCUGGUUCUUUUGCAGUACCAGAGGAUGCUGUAUUUCAGGCAGCCUCUGAGUUAGCACGUCGACUGCGCAUUCCUUUUGUAUACAUGAGUGCUAACAGUGGAGCCAGACUUGGUUUAUGUGCAGAGGUAAAAAAACGUUUCCGCGUCGCCUUUAGUGCGACAGAUGAGGUGGAGUAUUUAUAUCUCUUAUCUGAUGAUUAUGAAGAAUUGAUGCGUAUGGGUGUAGAACUGGAGGUAGAAAGAACCGAAUAUCAUCAUGAUCCUCAAGAAAAACAACAAAAUGGAAACAACAAAGGAGGUGAAACUCGAUAUAUCAUUCGAGGUAUUGUUGGAGCACCUAGUGAAUACUUGGGUGUAGAGAAUCUUUGUGGUUCUGGACUUAUUGCAGGACACAUGUCAAAGAACUACAGUGAGGUACCUACUAUCAGUAUUGUGUCUGGUCGAAGUGUUGGUAUUGGCGCCUACCUUAACCGUAUUGGUCGUCGUGUAAUUCAGACAAAUGAUUCACCAUUAAUUCUUACAGGUGUGGGGGCCCUUAACCGAAUCCUUGGUAAGGAAGUGUAUAGUGACAAUAGUCAACUAGGUGGACGACAAGUAAUGGUACCUAACGGUGUAACCCACUGGAACACCAAGAAUAACUAUGACUCUGCUGAAAAAUUAUUGCGUUGGCUGGACUACAUACCACCUGUUGUUGACCCACUUCGCUGCAAUCCACGUUUGUUAACAUUACCCCACCAUGACCCUAUUGACCGUGAUGUGACAUUUAUGCCUGCUGAGAAUGAAGCAUACGACCCGCGUCAUCUUGUAUGUGGUGUUGGUGAUAAAUUGGGUCUCUUUGAUCGUGGCUCAUGGAUGGAAUCACUAGAGGGAUGGGCAAAGUCCGUCGUGACAGGACGUGCCACACUUGGCGGCAUUCCAUGCGGUGUUAUUCUUGUUGAGACUCGUCUCACACGUAAAUUAAAUCCUGCAGAUCCUGCAGAUCCAACAUCAGUUUCUUCCUUCAUUGCACAAGCAGGACAGGUGUGGUUCCCCGACUCUGCACGCAAGACGGCGGAUUCCCUUGAUGACUUCCACCGUGAAAGGCUUCCAUGCUUUAUUCUCGCAAACUGGCGUGGUUUCUCCGGUGGAAUGCGGGAUAUGUUUGAUGAAGUACUUAAAUUUGGUGCUUCCAUUGUUGAUAACUUACGUGUUUACAACAGUCCAGUAUUCAUUUAUAUUCCACCACAUGGAGAACUACGCGGUGGGGCUUGGGUGGUUGUGGAUCCUGUUAUCAACCAUAAUGGAUCAGUGGAGAUGUAUUGUGAUCCUACAGCUCGUGGAGGUGUAUUGGAACCAUCCGGUGUGGUGGAAAUUAAAUUCCGUGAAAAGGAUAUAAGAGAACUCAUUCGUCGUAAUAAUCCAGAGUUUUCCACCCUAGAUUCGAAAAAACUCCGUGAUGAGGAAAAUCGUCUUUUACCUUACUACCGAGAUGUUGCCAAUCGAUUUGCCGAUUUACAUGACAACUAUAUUCGUAUGCAGGCAAAAGGAGUGGUGCGAGAUGUUAUCCCAUGGAAGGAUAGCCGUCGUAUUUUCUAUACGAAACUUCAGAGGAAAUUAAAGGAGUUAUCCUUAGCCUCUUCUUUGGUGGAGGCGAAGAAGGUGGAAUCCUUAAUGGAAGGAGUUCAGAAAAUUGAGGAAUCCUUUGCACAAGAUUAUCCAGAUAUUCGAUGGGGAUCAAAUGAUACACUGCAUUUACAGUGGCUCAAAGAAAAGGAAGAGGAAAAGGCCUUUUUUGCAAACGGAACAUCCGUAUUACCUGUAGUUGAUAAGAUCGAAAGUUUCAUGGCUGAGUGUAAAGCUGCUGGUAAACUGGACAACUGUUUCCAGAGACUUUUCGAAGAUGAAGAGUUACGAAAUGCCGCAAUGCGUGCGAUGCAAAAAUCGAAGAAUGAAUCUUUAGAAAAAGAUGAGUUUUCUUUGGAUCAGGAAAGGUAG